UUAAAAAUUCUUCUUAUUUUGUAAUUAUCUUAGAGCCCCCCAGAACGCAGUGGGAGGGAGAGAGUUAAGAUGUCCUGCAAACUCGGCUCGUAAAGCUGCUGAGUUACAUUAGAAACACAUGAAUAUCCUGAAAUACAAAGUGUCUUUAAAACGAACCAAGGAAUGUUUAUCUCAAUACUGGAUGAGAAGAAAUUAUGGAAGAAACCAGCGUUGACAGACUCCCUCCAAAUUAGUGUUAUGGCAGAAAUGCUCGAAUGAAAUCAACUUAAUCAACUGAUUCAAGUCUUCAGUUCCUUCACUGGCUGAACGUGUUUAUACCUCCCGAUCAUCGUACUGGGAAAGCCCGAGCAAUGUUGAUGUUUAUCAGCUGCUUUGCAUAUCACGUGGGGCCGGGCGGGCCAAUGGGCUCCCUCCUGGCGCGACACUGGCGCGUCAGCCCUGGUCAAGUCUGGGAGAUUUAGUAUCUCUUUUUUCAGUCUUUGGGGCUUUUAAAAAAGAGCCACUAGUCUCAAUGCGGAGCGGGCUAUGACAGCCUCCGUGCUCCUCCAUCCCCGCUGGAUCGAGCCCGUCAUGUUCCUCUACGACAACAGCCUGGAUGAGAUCAAUAAGAACAUGGAAGGGUUUCACGCAGGCAGCAACUUCGCGGCGGCCGCGGCGGCCAACCAGUGCCGGAAUCUGAUGGCUCAUCCCGCAUCCCUGCCUGCCCCCAGCGCCGCUGCCUACACGUCGAGCGAGGCGCCCGCCUCCGGCAUGGCCGAGCCAGCUGUCAAGCAGUGCAGCCCCUGCUCGGCCGCCGUGCAGAGCUCGUCCGGGGCCGCGCUGCCCUACGGCUACUUUGGCAGCGGCUACUACCCCUGCCGCAUGACCCACCACAACGCCAUCAAGUCCUGCGCCCAGCCCGCCUCCACCUUCGCCGACAAGUACAUGGACACGUCGGUCUCCGGCGAGGACUUCACGUCCCGGGCCAAGGAGUUCGCCUUCUACCAGGGCUACGCCGCCGGCCCCUACCAGCCCGUGCCGGGCUACCUGGAUAUGCCCGUGGUGCCCACCAUCGGCGGGCCCGGCGAGCCCCGGCACGAGCCCCUGCUCCCCAUGGAUAGCUACCAGCCCUGGGCCAUCCCCAAUGGCUGGAACGGGCAAGUGUACUGCCCCAAGGAGCAAGCCCAGCCCCCCCACCUCUGGAAGUCCACGCUGCCGGACGUGGUUUCGCAUCCCUCGGAUGCAAACUCGUACAGACGUGGGAGGAAGAAGCGAGUGCCUUACACAAAGGUUCAGUUAAAAGAACUCGAAAGGGAAUAUGCAACAAAUAAAUUCAUUACCAAGGACAAACGGAGGAGGAUAUCGGCCACCACAAAUCUGUCAGAGAGACAGGUCACAAUUUGGUUCCAAAACAGACGGGUCAAAGAGAAAAAAGUCAUCAACAAAUUGAAGACUACCAGUUAAUGGAUUAACAUGGAGAAGCAGCGACUCAAAAGUUUGAGAACUCUUUUUUGUGCCCAGAUUAAAAUAAAUAUUAAUAAUAAUUAAAAAAAAGACAGUGGACUUCUUCGUUCAGAACAAGAGAUCUGUAUCUUUGGAAUUAUAGCCUUUUUUGAAAAUAUUGCUGUAGGAAAUGGUUAAAAGUGACAGUUCUCCCUCAAAUCCAGACCAGACAGUUCCUAAGGGACAAACUGUGUAGGACCCAACUGCCCAGCCUUGAGAUUCUCACUCUCAGUUCAGAUCCACAGUUUUCUGAAAGUCUUGUAAGUACUUCGGUGGCUUUAGGCUUGUAGAACAUUUCUAACGGUUAUAAACUGAAAGCUGGUUAAAAUAAGAAGGUCGAGGUAAAAACAUAAGCUCUUUUUCUUCCAUUGCAAUCCAAACUGCAUGUUGAAUGACCGCUCAGGUAAACCAUAGUGGUAAAAAAAUGUACAAUUGCUGUCUGUUCAAUGCAUUUUAUGUCUAAAAAAGAAGGUACUGGCUAAGGAUUGCAGACACCAGUAAUGAAGGAAGCUCUGUGGAGGAUUAAUCUUGAUAGCAAAUUUUAAAACAACGCAAAGUAUUGGGGAUUGAAAGGCAAACAUUUGCUUGGAAGUAUCUUUCUUUGGGUUGUUUUCCAAUAGCUAUUUUUUGGCAUCCGAGUUGUAUUUUCUGCAGACUCUACAAUAGAUAUUUUUUUAUAAAAGGAUUCACAAUAUUUUAAACAUCAUCCAAGAAUGAUUAAAUACUGUAAAUCCUAGGAAAGUUGAAUGCGUUUGACUCUGAGUGGAUACAAACUCAUGAACAUUGGCAUUUUUUCUUAUAAUAAAAGCCCUUUCUUGGAAAAAAAAUAUCUCAGAGAAUGUCGAACUGAAAAUACAUUUUCCCAGAAAUAUUUCGAAUUAUAUAAUCUAUAUUUUGAUCUAUCAGUAAUUAGUCGUUUAUCCUUGUUUAUCGUCUGUUAUGAGGCCGCAUUAGAAAGUUUAGGGGUUCUUUUUACAGCACCUUUUAAUCCAAUCAGUUAUUUCAACCAGCACAUUAUUUUGUUUUUAUUCACUAUAAGAAGCUAUCUUGUAAAUAAAAAAAAAAUCAGCGCACUGUGAAAAUGUAUUUGUGCACCCUCAUUUUUUUAUAUUUCUACUGAAACUGAAAACCCAAGACGUGUAGAUAGGUAUAGUAGUCUUCAUACUGUUAAUAAAAUAGUCACUGUAAUACAA